AUGCACGAAGUACAGAAAAGCUUUAAAUGCAACACUUGUGAUUAUUCAAGCUGCGUAAAAGAUAAUCUAAAGAAACACAUGAGAAAGCAUGCCGGAGAGAAGAGAUAUAAAUGUGAUAUUUGUGAUUACAAAUUUAGUGCAAAGUGUAAUCUGAAGAUACACAGAGAGAGUAAACAUACAGGAGACAAACCCUUCAAGAGCAAGAUAUGUGAUUAUGUUCAUUCAAGCAUCUUCCAUAGGGAAGUAGAUAUAAAAAUUCUUGUUAAAAUCACAUUUUAUGAUUAUGCCUGUAUUGUAAACACUGACCGGAAGAUCCAUAUGAGAAUACUUGCAGGAGAAUAUUUAUAUAAAUGUAAAAUGUGUGAUUUUGCAUGUAACCAAUCCACUAAUCUGAAGAGACAUAUGCUUAAACACAUAGGAAUGCGAAGCUUUAAAUGUGAUGUUUGUAAUCAUGCAGUUUACACAAUGUAUAAGCUAAAAUUACAUAUGGGAAUACAUACAGGAGAUAAAUGCUAUAAUUGUGAUAUAUGCGGUUCUGCAUUUAGCUCGAAAAGUAUUCUGACAUCACACAUUGGAACACAUAUAAGGGAGAAACACUUCAGCUGUGAUUUUUGUGAUUAUGCUGGUUAUCAGAGCCAUCAUCUAAAAGAGAAUAUGACAAUACAUACUGAAGAGAAAUCCUAUAAAUGUGAUAUUUGUGAUUAUUCCUGUAACUCAAGAGCUUAUCUGAAGACACAAAAUACAUACAGGAGAGGAGAAGGUCUUUAA